GCGCGUGGAAACCAUGGCGUUCCCUUGGACCGUCUGACCAGGGGUAACAGAAAAAUAUUCAGUCGAGCAACGCAUGUUUGCCCCAUUUGAGCUACGAUAAGCUUGGAUUCCGUGACUAAAGAAAAUGGGGUCUCGUAUCAAGGAGAGCCCAGAGUCAACGUUCGAAGUGUAUGUGGAGGUGAUACACCCUGGAACGGCAGGACCAGAUCCGGAGGUGCGCAGGCGAUUCCCGGAGGACUACAUCGACCAGGAAACCCUGCAGACGCUGCCCAAGUUCUGCUUCCCCUUCAGUGCGGACAGUCUGUCAGUAAGCCAGGUGGGCCAGAACUUCACCUUUGUUCUGACUGACAUCGAGAGCAAGCAGCGGUUCGGCUUCUGCCGCCUGUCAUCAGGGGCGCACAGCUGCCACUGCAUACUGAGUUAUCUUCCGUGGUUUGAGGUGUUUUACAAGCUGCUCAAUACCUUGGCAGACUACAGUCUCAAAGGCCAGGACAGCCAGUUGAAGGAGCUGUUGGAUUCACUACAUGCCCUCUCCAUUCCUGAACCUGGAGUGCCUGUGCAUCUGAGUGUGCAUUCUUACUUCACCGUGCCUGACUGCAGGGAACUGCCCAGUAUACCUGAGAAUAGAAACCUAACAGAGUAUUUUGUAGCCGUAGAUGUCAAUAACAUGCUCCAUCUGUACGCUAGCAUGCUUUAUGAGCGUCGAGUCCUGCUCUGCUGUAGCAAACUAAGCACUUUAACGGCUUGUGUCCAUGGAGCGGCGGCCUUGUUGUAUCCCAUGUACUGGCAACAUGUUUACAUUCCUGUCCUUCCACAGCACCUCAUCGACUACUGCUGCGCCCCCAUGCCUUACCUCAUUGGAGUCCAUUCCAGUCUGAUGGAGAAGGUGCGGAGCAUGGCCUUGGACGAUGUGGUGGUGCUCAAUGUGGACACCAACACUCUAGAGACACCUUUUGAUGACCUUCAGAGCCUACCCAAUGAUGUGGUGUCGUCCCUGAAGAACCGUCUGAAGAAGGUCUCCACCACAACCGGUGAUGGAGUGUCCAGGGCCUUCCUCAAAGCCCAAGCUGCCCUCUUCGGCAGCUACAGGAACGCACUACAGAUUGAACCGGAGGAGCCCAUCACGUUCAGUGAGGAGGUGUUUGUGGCCCACCGCUCCAGUGCCAUGAGGCAAUUCCUGCAGAACGCUAUCCAGUUGCAGCUCUUCAAACAGUUCAUAGAUGGCCGUCUGGACCUGCUGAAUGCGGGAGAGGGUUUCAGCGACGUGUUUGAAGAUGAGAUCAACAUGGGGGAAUAUGCAGGCAGUGACAAAGUGUACCACCAGUGGCUACUAACAGUGAAGAAGGGUGGUGGCGCGAUAUUCAACACUGUAAGGACCAAGGCCAACCCGGCUAUGAAAACCGUCUACAAGUUUGCCAAAGACCACGCCAGGAUGGGCAUCAAGGAGGUGAAGAGUCGACUGAAGCAGAAGGAGCUGACGGAGAACGGCUACUCGGCGGCCGGCGAGGACGGACAGAGGCCCGCGCCCACGCGCUCCCCCUCCGCCGAUGGCAAGGACCUGCGCACCUGGGACGACCGCCGGCCAAUUACAGUGCACUUUGGACAGUCAGCACCUGCACGUCCAGCACCCCCACGCCCCCCUCCUCCCAAGCUCCAGCGCAACAGACCUGCCCGUCCACCCAGGCCACUGGUAGCCAAGAGACCACGCAGCAAUGUGGGCAUGGAGAACAGUCCUGAACACUACGUCCGUCCGACGCGGCACUACACCGUGUUUCUUUCCGAGGAGGACUCAGGCGACGAGCUCCAGCAUGACGACGACUCCAUCACUGGCUUCCCCGAAAACUUUCUUUUCUCGACCCCCUUUGAAUGGCCGCAGCCCUACCGCUCUCUUAAGGAGUCCGACCUCAUGGAAGGGGAGGAGGCCUUGGGUGACGAGAGACCCCAGGGACACACGGCUCCCCCCAGUCCGGUCAGGGAGAAGUACUCGGACGUCAACCUCCUGGGCGAUAUCCUCAAUUACCAGGAGGGGGAGACAGAGAGCCAACAGCUCAGCCUUGCCAAGAGCCUGGAGGACCUGAGGCUCCCGAAAGACCCAGCGGAACAGCAGGCCAAGUUCAGCUAUCAGCGGAUGGACCUCAGUGGCAGUGAGCGGACACGAACGCUACCAGGACUCAAACACUCCAACCCCUACAACAAGCUGUGGAGCCAGGGGCUGGAUGACAUGGCCGUGCCUGGCCGCACCUCCCCCACCUGGGAGAGGCCUCUGUCAGUGCCCCCACUGGAGCCCCCGGACCCCCGGCCACCCAGCGCAGACAGCGGCGGCCCCGGCCAGGAGAGGCCCCCAGACGGAGGCUGCAUCCCCAUUCCGCGGCCACAAGGCCGAAAGACCCCCGAGCCGGGCAAAGUGCUGGCGCCUCCUGUGCCCUUGCCGCGGGCAUCCAAGCAGGCGGGCGGCGGUGGCGAGCCGAGGGAGGGCGCGCGGAGUGCGGGCGGGCAAGAGUUCCGGCAGGCCCUCAACAUGUCCCCGCUGUCGUCCUCCUCCUCCUCCACUGCCCAGGACACGGACCUGAUGAAGCAGGAGGUGGACCUGCUCAGCCUGCUGGACCCUCUGAGCACGAGCGCAGCGUCGGCCUCCUCGUCCACCUCCACUGCCGGGGAGUCGGACCACGCGGGGACCACGCCAGCACAGCAGCAGCCGCGGCCGUACCCCCAGAGCCUGCCCCCGUUCCCCCACGUGUCCCUGAACCCCUUCGCCCAGCCCGGCAUGCCCUACGCCCCCCACAGGUCCUUCUCCCCCGUGGUGGGGAGCAACCCCUUCAGCGCGGCCUACAUGUCCCCCGCCACGGGCGGCUACUUCCACGCGGCUCACACCCCGCCGCCCGGCAUGUUCCGCCAGCCCUCCUCGGCGGGGCCCGGUCUGCCCCCCCACGCGCUCGGGGCCCUGCGGCAUCCUGCCUUCGCCCGCACGGGCCCGCCUCCGUCCUCCUGCAGCAGCGGGGCCCUGUCCAGUUUGCUGGACUCGCCCGCCGUCCCGGCAUCACGUCCGCUGCCAAAGCCCUUAGCUGGGGGGGAGGACGCCGCCGCCGACCAGCCCCCCCAGGACCCUUUCAGUGACCUGCUGGCCAUGGCCAAACCUGCGGUCACUCCUGCAGCGCCUCCGAAGAAACGUGUGGAGAACUUGCGCAGGCACUGGGAGACGUUUGACUAGUCCACGCCCUCCUCAUCCUCCCCUCCAAGAGAGAAACAAAGAACACAACCAGCCUCCCUCUGCUGUCUGGUCUAUCAAUCAAUCAAUCAAUCUGCUGCUGACCAAUGACAGACUGCGCUGGGUGUGUAUGUAUGUGCAAGUCACUUGACCAGAAGAGAGCUGAAGAGUGCUGAAGGGGUGGGUUUGUGUGUGUGUGUGCUGAAAUCUGGACACUCUUAAAUCCUCAGCUGCCCACUUGCGUGUGCGUGUGUGUGUGUGUGUGUGUGUGUACAUGACGCACGCUACACAUGGGUGUGGACUACUACACCUUGUCUCUCUCCUCAGAUCUUUCGUUCUCCCUCAUGACUGCAGAAGAGCAGCCCCUUCAGCCCCUUCAGCUUCGUAAUAACUCCGCUUUCGUGUCGGUUGCCUUUUUGCCUCCGCCGAGACGCCCGUAUGGAAGGGAAGAAGCCCACCACCCCCAUCAGUGGGGAGGGACUGCGGUGCGUGCGUUAUUGUCCACCUGCCCCUUCAAGGCCAGUCGCGUCUCCUCGCUUUCUUUGGCUUGGCACCGAUGAGGCGUCAUUCCGAUAUUUACUAAAGACGGAGGAACGGUGUCUCGAGCAGCCCGAUGGCACAUUCGAUAUUGUGUUUAUAAGCUGUGCAGACGGAUCCUAAAAUGGAGAACUGAAGUUGCCUUUUUUGAAGAGACAUUCACUGGAUUAGGGAGGCAAACUCAAAACAUGUAUAAGCUUUCUCUCAUAGUAGCGCUAUGUCCAAAUCACUGCAGUUAUCCAGGGUAGGCCUCAUCAGCAACGUGUUGUUGUUCGUUUGAGGUGGAUAUAAGAGGAAAAAAAACGGAUCAGCUGUGCACAGUCAUUGUUUGCUUCUGUUUCUUUGCCAAUAAUCAUUGUUUUUGUCUUUGUUUUGUUUUGGUUGGCCUUCUGAGUCUUUGAGUAGACUGUUUUACUGUAUCUGCUGCUUUUGAAGUGCAAUGCCACUCCCAGCCUAUGAUGAUUUGUCGCAAUCCAAAGGGUCUGGUCACCCUCAUGAAAAAAGAGAAUUAAUCAGCAUAGUAACGUUAAUCAGGUAAGGCAUUUUUUUUUGUUGACAUUUUUGAGGGCCUGCAUCCUUACUGUCUGAAGUCUGAUAGUCAACCUGAAUUGUGUUUCCUAGUCUGGCGAAUACUGCUCUUGCUUAGUGUGCCUCUAGGUUGGUAAGCCCAAACUACUAUUGUACUAACAGCCCAUCACUACAUUUUGCAAUCCUGAAAAGACCAAAAUAUUGUAUUGUUAUAUUAUCAUGGCCAGGAUUCCCACUGAAAUAAUGAACAGCCUCUUGAUUGUGUAUUCAGACUGCUGCUAGCCCUACAGCUACAUUUACAAUUACAACUACAGUUUAGCCAAACAACUGUUUAUUUGUUUGUUUAGGUAAGCUUAAUGCUCAACACCAACAAAGUUUUGCUAAACAGUAAUAGGGUUGACAUUUUCUACCAGUUUAUUGAAUUACAGUAUGCCAGUUUUAAGUUGAAGAAGAACAACAUACCUUUCAUGAGUGCUCCAUCACAUGUACUGUAGUUUAUAAGGAAAGGAUGUGAGUUGCAGAGUUGUUACUGAAACACCAUGAUGGUUUGGAAGGAUAAGGACACUAAAGGAAAAAAAAUACAGAUCUCUGGAUACUUUAGAUUUAAUCGGCGGAAAUGAACUUGCUCUCUGCACAUAUAGAGAUUCAAUGGGACAAUACAGAUUACUGAUUUUACAGGUUACUGAAAGGGAACUCUUGUUUCGCAGAGGCAUUUCUUCCUGUGCAUAUUACAGGACGACUGCACUGAUCUCUUCAGCAGCUCUUCAGCAGUGUUGUUUUGCUGACUACACUACACUUCAGAGCGGUACUGUUUUCUUGUUGUGACGGAGCUUGGCAAACAUAACGAAUACUAAAAGACUGUACUCUGUGUGAUAUAUCAAUUGAUGUACAUCAUGUGCAGUGCAUAAGUAUUUAUUAAGAAUCAAAUUAGAAAAUCACUCACAUUUUAAAAAUCAAACCAUGUUUAAGUGGUCAACGUCCCAGAACAAAUGUUGUUAGUUAGUACAGUGUUUGCUUUGAAACCCAGAAGAACCUAAUAGUUCACAUGAGGUCAUCAUAUAUUUUCAUGGGCCGUAACCAUUUAUUUUGUUACAUUUCAAAACUCACGGAAGUGUAUAAGACUGUAAUAAACAACAGUGAUCUUUGGUAAUUUCUGUCAUAAGAACUUUGUAACUACAGUAGGUAGCUCUCGUACUAACAAAGAAAUGCUUUUAGGGACAGUCCGUCUAGACUUUUAGCUGGGUGUCAGUUCUGUUUGAUGCACAUUAUCUGGGUAAGGCACACCCCCCUCUCUUUCUCUCUCUCUCUCUCUCUCUCAGACUAAGCACUUGGGGACAUUAGCAUAGCAGUCACAGAAUUGAUGAAUCCUUGUCUACAAAUGUUGCCUUACAGCAAAAAGGAAACUCUGUAUGUGUAGCUUCAUUUUAAAAAAUUGUAUGUUCAAUAAAAGUGUGUCUACAUGACUUUGCUUUUAAGUAAAGAAAAAAUGACUGAGGCUAUUAACGUCUAUCCUCAAGGAUCGCUGUUUUGGCAGUUCUGUUCAUUUUUAGUCAGUUGUAACUCAGUAUUUUGUCAGUGUUGUCAAUCCUCAGCUUUAGUCUCCCAUGAUUAAAGUGGGUAUUAAAUUCAAAACCUCCACAAGGGGGUGAUACUUGAGUGAUCAGCUUUAAUAACCUCAGGAAUAUGAUUUUUUUGCAUUGUCCAAUAUCCCCUAUUCUCCUUAAAGAAUGUUUCCUAUAGAAAUGUGAACUUCUGUCUUUUAUACAUACAUGGAGCACUUUGUUUUUCUUUGUUUUAUUUUGAUGAUGUUUUUGUUUAACUAUCACACUAUUAAAAGUGCACAUAUCCUCACA